AUGGUCUCCACGCCGUCCCCGCCCAAAGUCCCCGCCUCGUCAUCCUCUCUUGUUAGGCCCAAACCAUGGUACCGCCAUAUCACUCUGGAUCUCUUGUUGCUGAUUCUCGCCAAUUCCAUCUUCCACCCCUGGAUCACUCUGGUAUUUUAUCUCUGCCUGGCCGCGAUCCAUAAACAUCGAGAACCCCUCGCAUACUAUACGCUAUACUACACGGCAUUCCUGGCCGUCUUGGAGAUUGGACUCUGGAUCGAUCGGCGGAUCUCCUACGGACAGCACAGGAAGAUCGAGUGGGAGAAUGAAGUGGUGGCUAUUACUGGUGGAGGCUCAGGAUUGGGACGCGUGCUGGCGGAGAUGUUGUUGAGGAAGGGGGUCAAGGUGGCGGUAUUGGAUGUUAAGGAACCAGAUGAGGAGGCGCAGGAAACGAUGGAACGUUGGGAUUUGGUUUGGGAGAAGGUGGAUGUUAGCAAAAAAGACGAGGUGCAGAAAGCAGUGGAGAAGAUUGUUGAAGAGCUCGGAUCACCAACGAUCCUGGUCAACAACGCAGCGGCACCGAUCAGUGGUCUUCCUCUGGUGUCCUCUCCAAGCAACCCGUCGACUUUAUCCCCUGAACAGGCCACCAAAACCAUGACGACCAAUGCCCUGUCCCACUUCAACACUCUUUCCGUGUUGCUUCCCUAUCUCACCUCGUCCGAGACAGGCGCACACAUCGUCACCAUCUCCUCGAUCCUCUCUCACCUCGCCCCGGCCUCGUUGGCAGAAUACACAUGCUCGAAAUCUGCCGUGUCGUCACUGCACCAGACGCUGUGCCACGAACUGCGCGCCCAUCCUGACCCGGCAAUGUUCUCGAAAGUCAAGACUCUCUUAGUCGAGACGGGACAACUUGACACGCAGCUUUUUGCCAAUAAGACUUCGUUGCCCCUUUAUGCGCACUUCUUCGGUCCCGUGCUCGAAUCGAAAGACGUGGCUAAGGAAAUUGUGCGCACGAUUGAGAGGGGUGAUGGUGGCGUGAUAAGAAUGCCGUUUUAUGCGAAAUGCAUGCCUGUUUAUGCUAUGCUGCCGGGCACGUUGAAGUUGGUGAUUCGUUGGUUCAGUGGGAUUGAUAGGGCGAUUGCGCUUGGAAGGAAGGCGUCUUAA